GUGAAACCAAUAUAAGUAAUCAAAAAUUUUUUAGUACAAAUACUCUAUUUUUAAAUAAUAUUGGAUUGUGUACUAAUAUAUCAUCGAACACUUUGAGACAUACAGCUCUUUAGAUUUCAUUUAUUAGGCAAAUAGAUUUCAUACACAAUCUUAAUUUUAAUUACUAAACAAAUUAGAAUUACCAUCUUAAUUAGGAAAAAGGUUGUAAAAAUUAAAAUUAUCAUUAACUCAGAUAUACUCAAUAAAGUUUUGGUAAUAAAAAGGUGUUUCAAUAUGAAUGGUAAAAGGUGAAUGCCAAAGAAUUCCCGAGUCCUAAUAGAUAUAAAAUGAGAUUAGAGCCUGAUGUAAAUCAAUUAAAAAGGUCAUUUGGAUUGUCAUGGGAAACAUACUCAAAGACCUAUCUACUUUGAAAUAAACAUUAAGCUCUUGAAGUGGCCAAAUUCUUACCAUUUAGUUUUACUGAUGAGUAAAUUAAUGUCCUGGAGAAUAUAAUGUGCAUUAAGAUCUUGGUCAACAGAAAUAUUAGUUUUAAUUAAAGGGAAAAGGGAAAUUGUUUAAUGAUCAAAGAGAAAAUGGUGUUCAUGGACCUGAAAAUUAUUAACCUUAAAUUUCAUUGAUUGUUCCUAAUGGAUUUUAAGUAAGAAAUAUAAUGAAAAUGAAUUUAGAAAAUCCCUUAGGGGAUAGGUGAGAAGAAGAAUCCAUUUUAAUCUUUGAGUUUCAAUCCUGGACCUAGAAGAUAUGAAUAGAAUUCUGGAUUUGAUAAGGUUUUUAAAAAGAGAGAAUUUAUAACAAAGCCAGGAGAGAGGAGAUCAUUUAUAUGA